GUAAUGGCGCCGGUGUUUCUUAGGUAAACGUACGUGCUUUAACAUAGAUUUUAUAUAUAUUGUAUGAGGUAUUUGAUCGCACAAUUAAAAAAUUGUAAAUUAAAGUACGAUAAUACAACGGAAGUAAACAACGAAUUAAUAUAAGUUCAGGAAUUAUGGCUGCUCCAAUAGGUACUGCGAUGGAUAGCUUAAGUGCAGCCCUUAAAUCUAAAAUCAUACCCAAUCAGGAAUACUUCCUGCAAGGAUCGAUACUUGACAGUGCAGUUGAAGUGCUUCUUCAUAGAUUACGAGGACUUUGUGACAAUGUCGAUACUGGGCCAGAAACAUUUCAUGAUCAUGAAAUGUGUUUUAGUAUUCGAAGAGGCCCUCCACCAGAACUACCACUCUUUUUAAGGGUUAGACGAGCUUUGGAUUAUCCAGACAUGCCUUGGCAGCUUAGAUACAUUGGGCAGCCAGAAUUGGGAGAUAAAUCUCAACCGACUGUAGUUCGUAGUAGUUUAGAUAUAGCAACCAGUAAUACAGUUGUUGAAUUUCUCACGGAACUAGGUUGUCGAUUAGAUUUCGAAUAUAUAAUCAGAGGAUAUAUGUUUAGAAAAGGCAGAAUGAAGGUAACUGUAUCCAAAAUCUUUAAAAUGAAUCAAGGAAAGUUACCAGAUGGUAUGGAACCAAUGUCGCAAAGUUAUCUCGUCGAGUUAAGUGUAUUAGCUCCGAGCGGUCAAAAUGCUAUUGCUGAAGAUAUUAGAAUUUUUGCGGAACAGUUAAAGCCAUUGGUACAACUUGAAAAAAUUAAUUAUAUCAGAUAAAUUAUUAUUGUAAUAUUUCAA